ACAGCAGUGGCCAGUAACACAGGAAGGGAGGGAGUGUUCAGUCUACAGCAGGGAAGCGACCAUUACCAGCUAGCAAACAGCUAGCCUAGCUCGUUAGCACUGUCGUCGGGAGCUCAGCGCUUUAAAAAUACAUUUGGCAGUUGUGCGUGCCUCAUGGGGCACUGAUGUGAAGAGCAGUGGAAGAAGGUGCAUGCAGUAUCAGAAUGGAUGGACAGACACAAAGGAUUCAGCUUGUGUCAGCAGACAGCAACAUGGCAUUAGGACACAGGAUCCAGAUUGUAACUGAUCAGCAAACUGGCCAGAAGAUCCAGAUCGUCACAGCACUUGAGCCAUCUUCCCCUGGAAAACAGCAAUUUAUCUUAGCAAAUGCUGACUAUUCCCCCACUGGGAAGGUGAUCCUAGCCAAGCAGGAAGGCUCACCCAACAAGGUCAUCCUUGCCGCUCCAGACGGCUCUGGGGUUAACCAGCUGUUGUUUGCCUCCCCUGAUCUGGCUGGGCAGCAGAUUCAGUUUGUGACCGAGGGGUCAGACCAGUCCAUUGUGAAGCCGGUUAUAGAGUACUGCGUUGUCUGUGGGGACAAGGCCUCAGGGCGUCAUUACGGAGCUGUCAGCUGUGAGGGCUGUAAGGGCUUCUUCAAACGCAGCAUUAGAAAGAACCUGGUGUACACAUGCAGGGGCUCCGGAGAGUGUGCCAUCAACAAGCUCCACCGAAACCGCUGCCAAUACUGUCGACUGCAGCGCUGCAUAAAUCUGGGCAUGAAACAGGACUCUGUGCAGUGUGAGAGGAAGCCUGUCGAAGUGACCACCAGAGAGAAAUCCGUCAACUGUGCAGCCUCCACUGAGAAGAUCUACAUCCGCAAGAACCUGUGCAGUCCUCUGGCAGCCACACCCACUUUUGUGUCGGAUAAGGAAACUGCAAGGUCUACAAGUUUGCUGGAGUCAAACAUGUUGCUCAACAUCCAACAGCCCUUCUCUAAGCUGGAAAACACCAUCUUGAUUCCAGCGUCCCCCGACAAGCAGGAUGACCCAUCUCAAGGUGACCUCGGCACGCUGGCUAAUGUCGUGACAUCCCUCGCCCACCUCAACAAGGCCAGGGAGGCGAGUGAAGGCGACAAUGAUCUGAUGGGAGUCGAAACGCUCAGUAACGGGGACAGCUCGAUGACAGACGUCCAAGGGGAUGAGCAAACUGCAAGUGAUAUCACUCGAGCUUUUGACACCCUGGCCAAAGUCCUGCACCCUAAUGACGGCACAGCAGGAGAUUCUUUGGAGGCCACAAUGCAGCUGAUGUCAGGGGACCAGUCAGGUCCUGUGGUGGAGCUGGAGGGCCCUAUACUCUCUGACAGCCAUAUCCCUUUCAAGCUUAUGAUGCCUUUGCCUGUGCCAGAGUACCUCAAUGUCAACUACAUCUGUGAGUCAGCUUCCCGGCUACUUUUUCUCUCUAUGCACUGGGCUCGCUCCAUCCCUGCAUUUCAAACACUUGGCGGUCAGGACAAUGAUAUUAACUUAAUGAAAGCCUGCUGGAACGAGCUGUUUGCCCUGGGUCUGGCACAGUGCUCCAACGUUAUGAAUGUUGGUACCAUCCUAAGUGCCAUUAUCAACCAUCUGCAGACCAGCUUACAGGAAGAUAAGUUGUCCCCAGAGCGAGUAAAACUGGUGAUGGAGCAUAUCUGGAGGAUGCAGGAGUUCUGUAACAGCAUGACCAAGCUGACCCCAGACUCUUAUGAAUAUGCCUACCUCAAAGCCAUCGUUCUCUUCAGUCCUGAUCACCCAGGCAUAGAUAACACCCCACAGAUAGAGCGAUUUCAGGAGAAGGCCUACAUGGAGCUGCAGGACUACGUAACCAGGACUUACCCAGAAGACUCCUAUCGGUUAUCCAAGCUGCUGCUGCGUCUUCCUGCCCUCAGGCUGAUAAGUGCAGCCGUCACAGAGGAGCUGUUUUUCGCCGGGCUCAUCGGCAACGUGCAGAUCGACAGCAUCAUCCCAUACAUCCUCAAAAUGGAGUCCACGGAUUACAAUAGCCAGACGGUCACUGGGGUCUGACACACUGUGCCAUCGCAACAUUGGACUAUUAAAACUGGACAGCCAGCCAAUCAGAGUGCUCCACAGACCGAUCACUAAGUGGUCACAACAUACUGUAUUUAUGACGCAACAUCAUUUGGGAAUUCUGUUCUCACUCUAACCUUGCUCCUGCUUGUGACUCCUCAGUAACCAGUCAGUAGAGCACAACUCACCAAGAGGACAAAUAAAACCGACUCCAGUGGCACGUGAGCCGCCAACAGCAGCCCGUUCAGGAACGAACCCCUCGAAACCUGCAUAGUAGUUUGCGCUUUUUAUUGUACAUAGUAUUUUAUGCUUCAUCGCCUCCAGGCCUUUCCUUUUUUUCUGCAGAUCGUUUCCACUUUGAAGGAAUCAGGACGGUUUGUUUUUUCACUGCUUUUUUUAUUUUCUAAAAAUUAUGAGGAAAAAGAAAAAAAAUGUGUCAAAAUGUGAAAUUGAUUUGUGAGAUGUUUUUAAUCGCAGAAGGUUAUAACCUUUGUUUCUUAUUUGUUUGCCAAUCCAAAGGAUCGUGCAGCAUCACUUGUCAAAUGUUUGACAUCAUGAAGUUGUUGUGUAUAUAGAUUUGUAUAUAGAAUGCACCAAGACGGCUAAAAAUGGGAAGCACUUGGUUAAAUCGUGGACUCCAUCUUUUGGACAAAUUAAUGUGGAUGGAAAAUAGUCGAGUCAUUUGAAAAUAAAAACACCUUUCAACCA